ACCAGCUGGAGCACAAUUAUUCGCAUUCCUGAAUUAAGUCUUGCCUCUGUAAGGUAGUGCCCGAAAAUUACAUCGCUUUACAUUAUGUUUGCGAAGUUCAAAGCAGUAAAUCUCUUUCUAGUGGCAGCCGGACUUUCGUCGAUCGGAAUCUUGCAAGAGGCUGAUGCCAUGGCGCCGAUGGCCGAGAUCCCCCAACCAAUUGUCAAUCCGCCGAUACAAUUAACUGCGGAGCGACAAGCAUUUUUUGACGCCGUAAGAAGCGACCCGUGCCCGGGAUUCUUCAAGCGUCUGCGACCGGGAUUCAUGGAAGAAGCAAACAAAGUAUGCGCCACGGCGAAGGAUAAUUAUUUAAAAGGAUUUGAAUUGAAGGACAGGAAAAACUGCCUGGAGGCUACCGAUGCUAUGUGCAUAAAGAAGUUUUUCGGAUUCUCAACUGUUUGUGCAUUUAGCUGUGCUGUCAAAGGAAACAAUCAGAGAUGGAUGACGUUGAAAGAGGUUGCAGGAUGGUAAUGUCACGUCAGAGCGAGCGACGGGACCGCUCAAAAUCACAGUAGUAAAUCUAUGACCAAUGGUAGAAUAUCUAUGGAAUUUAUAUUGGAAAAAAUAAAGUUUUGGAGGCGUG